CGGAUAGGAAUUUGCGCGCGCUAUAGUAGUCGUCUAUAGAGCAAACAUGGCUGACUGGGAGGACGAAGAUUUUGAUCCAGAUGCGGGCUUUUCCAAGGCGGGGGCUGCCGCCGGUGACAAAUGGGAAGGAGAGGACGAGGAAGAAAAUGUGAAGGAUGACUGGGCUGCAUCAGAUGAUGAAGAGAAAAAAGAUGAAUCUUCAGAGCAGAAGUCAACUUCUGGAGAUGGAGCUUUUCAGGUCAAGAAGAAGAAGAACACAUUAGAAAAAGCAUUGCAAAGAAAAGCUGAGAAGAGGAAAGAGAAGGGUGAGAAAGAAAAGAUCAAAUUAACACCAGAAGAGGAAAUGGACGAAAAGUUAUUACAACAGAAAAUGGUAGAAGAGGCCGAUCUUGAACUAGCAAAGGAAGCUUUUGGUGUAGGGGCCGGAGAUGGUAAAUCAAUCGAUGCCAUGAAUCCGACGACGGAAGAGGAUUUCGAGGAAUUCGGGAAGCUAUUAAAAGACAAAUUAUCCAAAUUAGAAUCUUCAGAUUACUAUCCAAGUCUUCUAGAGGAUGUGUUUCAAUCAUGUUGUGUUUGCCUUGACGGUGAACAAGUGAGGAAAAUAGGUAGCAGUUUAACAGCAAUAGCAAAUGAGAAGACGAAAGCACAGAAGGCCUCGAAAUCAAAGAAAGGAAAGAAAAAAGCAGUGCUAGCAGGGAGCGGAAAGUCGGCGAAGAAGGAUGACUUUGAUGACUUUGGGUACGGUGGUGAUGAAUUUGAUGAUUUUAUGUGACAAAGACUCUUCAUAUUAGGCCAAAUUCUCCUGUUCUCUUCAAUGUCUUGUUAUCCAGUAAUGCCUGCACUACUACUGAAAGUUAUUUAUGGAACAUUUUAAAGACAAUUGGUAUAUAUAGUAGAUAAACAAUAAGAAGCAUGCAUUCUUUCUUUUUGUGACAUUUAUAAAAUGAAAAUUCUAUCAAUAAUUGGUCGAGACAUUUGAUCACCAUGUACUAGCUCACGUUGCAGUCUGUGAUAAAUCACUGAAAACUCAUUUACUUAGAAUUCAACAGAGUCUAAAAUGGUAUUUUACAUUCAAAGAGCAGUUCUUAAAUCACUGCAUUGUGUGACAUGAUAACUGUUCACAAGUCUGUUAUGUAGGCAAUAAAUGACUUUCUCACAAAUGCUAAGGUAAGUGCUAUUUGGGUAUAUCUUUGAUAUGCAGAUAAUUCCCCCCCCCCCCAAGGCCAGUGAAAAAUAUACUUUCAUUGAUUCAGGAAAUAUAAUUUGCAGAGCCCAAACUUGCUGUUAUACUUUUGGCUCAUUGAGAAUUGUAAUAAUUACUUUUUUGGUCCCUUUAGUAAUGAUUUAGAAUUAUAAUGUGCAUUUUCAUUUCAUGCAGUAGAUUAUGUCUAUUUUGUUUCAAGUUAAAUUGGUAGUGCACUAUAUGCAAUGGAACACAAAUUUCAUUGCCAUCUGCUUUCCUAGUUGAGUUUAUAGUAUUCCUUUAAUAACGGUCCAUAACAUCCAUCUUAAAAUGUCACUUUCUUAUAUGUCUUGAUGUUCAAAGAAAGCAUGUUAUGCUGUAAUAAUCAUUUUACAUUAUCAUCAAAUUAUGGUAACUUACAUUUUGCCUAACCUGAAAACAUCUUUUGACUGAACCAACCGUAAUAUUUCCAACAAGUCAUUUUUGUCCCCAUUCAAAGUAUAUUAUAUUAUUGCAUUAUAUACUUUUCUUAUUGUGUAUUUUGCCAUGAACAGAUAAAAGUAGGAACGAUAACUUUGGGCUGUAAUGCAAAUUAUUCCUUUUUGUGGGGUAAUUAUUUUGAAGCCUGGUGUAAAAAGAUUAUUUGAGAGGAAAUCCACUUAUCCGAAACCCAUUUAAAAGGCCAAUUUUGUACAAAUAACUUGUCUUCCUUUGUUUCAAAACUUUUGUAGUGUUUUUUUUUUAAAGAUUUAAUCUGUAUUUAGCAUUCCAUUUUCUGUUUUUACCUCAUCUUCUUGGCUCCUGAAACCUUCAACAACAACAAAAUCCUUCAAAGCAUUUUUUGAAAAUUUUCGCUUUGGGUUUUAUAAAGUGGACAACUAAAUUGGGUAUUCUUUAAUAUUUUAUUAGAUAUUACGAAUAUACACUCAUUCAGGCCCCAUCUUACAAAUAGUUGCGAUUAAUCACAACUUAUUUGCUUUUGAUAUUAAUCGCAACUAUAAGAGAUAGGAGACUGCAAACUUGCGAUUGAUUCGGAUCUAUUGCAACUCUUUAUAAUACGGGGCUCAGGUCUGCAACUUACGACGGCAAUUCUAGCCAUGUAAGUGGGUAAUCUUUCGAAAUUGGGACACUAAAAGUUAAAUGAUGCAAACAUUAGUCAGAACUUCCAUUUGUUGAUGUUGAUUUGAACAGAAUCUUGUUCUCAUUGAAAGUUUGUUUAUUUAUUAGAGAAUUACUGGUAUUAUAUCUGAUGAGGGGCAAAGUCCAAGAUGAAUGUCGGCCCCUUCAGUGCUACUAGGUCCACCAAAAGUAAUUUGAUUAAAUGUUCUCAUGAGUCAAAUAUAUUGAAUCAAUUUAAUCUGAUUAUUUUUUUUUAUAGAUAUAGUAGCAUUCUAUAAAUUAAUGUUUCCUGCUAAAACAAAAAUGUUAAAAGUUUUUUCUUGGACUGGAUUUUCUGACUGUGGCACAGAAGGGGCUAAUUGUCUAACGUGUACCAGGGUAUCCUGGAAUACGAUAUGGAAGCUACAUCAAUAUUUUACUUGAUUUUUAAGCAUGCAAUGAUUUUUUUUGGGCAUUCUGUUAAUUGACAUUAUUUGAUCCUGGACUUGUCUCAAAUGCUAAUGUUGUGAUUUCUGUUAAUCCAUUAAGCUCUGAAGUUACUCCCUCCAGUCUGUCAUCCAUUUUUGUUUAUUUUAAGUACCAGAUAAAGAGAACUUUCAUAUUUUUCCUUCAACAUUGAAAAGAUUGACCUUUUUUUUUUAAUGUUAAAAAUGCAGCUCUUAUUAAACUACAUCAAAUCUAGAGAAAUAAUCAUAUCGAGCAUUUCAUUAAUUUUUUCCCUUUUUGCUAUAUAUGAAAUGCUGCAUUUUUUAACACAAAGCAUGUUGUCAGUUCACAAAGAUAUGUAAAUCAUUUCUUAUAACCAUUGAGAAGCAAGUCUCUACAAAUGUCAUACAUUUAUAUUAUGCUUAAUAAAUAAAAACUUAAAUUACAAAGUUU